AUGAACUCAUCAGGCAACAGUGUCGAUGCCGAACCGCAAUCUUCGUCGACCUUGAAGCUAUUUGGUAUUAGAGUCAGUGCCGAUUACGAAUGCCCUCCAAGAGUUCGUAGAAAUGUCAGUGAGUACAGGAGAUUCGAGUGCCAAUUUUGUCACAGAGGAUUCGCAAAUUCUCAAGCUUUGGGUGGGCAUCAAAAUGCGCAUAAAAGAGAACGACGAGCCAACCAAGGUUCAUUUUUCAGUCAUCGUCAACAACAACGAUUUGUGACGACGGGACCGGUUAUCUCGCCGCAUUCAGCUCGGUCGAGGCGGUUGAUUUAUGGCAGAGGGUCCACAAGCAUGGGUCCAAGGGGUGGUCUGUCAGCAUCAGCACCAUCUUUGCCAAUGUUAACACUAAGGGAUCCUUGUCCCUUUCAUGCUGGGAGUGGGGCGCAACAAGGUCAGAGUCUGGGACCAUUUCAAGUACAAAUUCAUGAAGUUGGCGUGGGCUCAACGUCGGAGUCAUCAUCAGUGGUUAAGGAAGUAAACGAACCAGGUGACAUUGAUCUCCAUCUUCGGCUAGCACCAUCAGGGAUUUAA